AUGAAUACUCAUAUCUUUUAUUGGUUGUUUGCCACAAUGGCACUUUGUUUCAGAACAGUCCUAUGUGAGAGUUUUACUCCGACUGCAUCAUGGGAAAAUUUGGAAUACAAACGUGUCCUGGAUGUCACCAAGGGAUAUUUCGCAGAGAAGAUUGCAUUGAGAGUGAAAAAUGUUGAUUCCAUCCCAAUUAGUGAAUAUUACCUUGCCUUACCAGCCCAUUCUGCUGGGAAAGUAUCCAUUUUCACAGCAGCUAUUCCUGGGACAGAUACAUACUUGAACUGUCAAUUAGUCCCUAAUAUCACUGUUUUCAAUGACGGUGAUUUUGCCUCUUAUGGAGUGGUGCAUAUUCCUACCCCAAUUGAACCUAAUCAAGAAUUUUCAUUUGUUGCAGCUAUCUAUUAUAAUGUUGUCGGGAUUCCAUAUCCUGAACAUAUCGCCAUUACCGACGACCAAUAUUUAUUGACAGAAACUGAUAGAUUACCAUUUUCUGCUUAUCGUACUUACGAAGGUACAUUUUCCAUUACAGGAAGUGACUCUUUUGAAGAAAUCAAUCUUCCUGAAAAUGAAAACCUAAGAGGUUCCAUUGAAGGAAAGUCUAUCGUUUUUGGUCCUUGGAAUGAUAUUCAACCAUUUGAAAAGGAGGAGCCUGUGAAUGUAGUUUAUCUUCAUAAUGCACCAUUGAGUGACGUUACUUUCUUGAAGAGAGACGUUUGGGUGUCUCAUUGGGCUUCCACUCUAGAAUUUGAAGAAUAUUAUGAAUUGACAAACAGAGGUGCAAAAUUAGAGAAGGGUUUUUCAAGAUUGGAAUUAAUGAAGGAUCAACAGCAAAAGCUUUCUAUACAGAGAACUCACUACAUGGCUUUGAUCGAAAUGAUUUUGCCAAAGGGUUCUUUCGGUCACUAUUAUACUGAUUUGGUUGGAAUGGUCUCCACAUCUCAUGUUCAAGAAGACCACUUUGUUUUGAAACCAAGAUACCCAAUCUUUGGUGGAUGGAAUUAUAAUUUUACUAUUGGAUGGACUAAUCAAUUGUCUGAUUUCUUACGUGUAUCAGAUGAAGAAGACAUGUAUAUCUUAUCUGUUCCAUUGUUAGAUGGUCAACAGGACUCAUCGUAUGAUAAUACCCAAUUAUCCAUUUACUUGCCAGAAGGUGCCAAGAUUGCCAACGUGGACGCUCCAGUUCCAUUUGUUAAUCUUUCUUUGAACACUGAAAAAUCAUACUUUGAUUUAAACAAGGGUCACGUAAAAGUUACUUUUAACUUCAAAAAUCUAGCCAACGAGAUUGCUGAUGGCAGAAUAUUAAUCAAAUAUCAAUAUACUCAAGCAGCUUUCUAUAAAAAGCCAGUCUCUAUUGCUAUUUACAUUUUUGUUGCUCUCAUGAGUUUCUUCCUAUUGAAGAAUAUUAAUUUAACUGUAACUGAUAAAUAA